AUGUCCUCACUUACCAAGCUGUUGCAAGAGAAGAGGGAUAACUCGUCCCCAUCUGGGACCCCCAAUAGAACCGUGGAUGGCCACCCAAUUGGGGUAAUUAGCGAGGGGGUCGUACCCUCUCGCGAUGAGGGUGAUAGUUGCUCUGCCAUGGACUCUCAGGCGAACGGAACCACGAGCCCGAUACUGAGAACCACUUCGAGAACACUGGAUAUAGGCCAUUCGGGAAGAGCUGGGUCUCAUGCCACCACGACUGUCACAACUGUCACACAGUUGGAUUUUGGGACCGACGAGGAUGAGGGGAAUAACUCGAUAGCUGAGACGCCGAACUCUUCGCUUGGCGAUCAACAGUUCUCGUCUAGUUUCUUGACCGCCAAUUUUGCCCAUACUGCCACGAUGCUGGGGACUAGUGGUCCCUCGAAGGGGGACAGAUUUGGUUCGUUUAUCGACAACGGGUACGCUCCACAAUCUUCCUCGUCUCUGAGAAACGGGUUCAGGCAGUCGCACCCAAGGCAGAUCCCCUCUUUGUCUUCCAGUAUACCGUACUCCGUCCCCAACUCGAACAAGGACUCCGCAUCGAAUGACUCGAACAGCAACGGCUCGUCAGUGUCGUCAUCCUGGUUGGAAGCGUACGGGGGCGCUAUGCCAAGUAACAUCUCUGCGAUCGACUCAAAUAUCAUCUCCUCGCCAAAAGUGGACUCUGUCGAGCCCAGAUUCAUCAUCUCAAAACACAAAUUGCAUAGGGCAUCCGCGGAGAACGCACAGAACAACGCCAACUUUGGGGUUGGCAGCUUUAAUAGCAGCAACAACUACAAUACUAAUAACCAUAGCAAUGGUAAUCACCACCACAAUAACAACGGCGGUAGUGACGGUAGCGGUGCGGAAAAUAUCUCCAGAUCGAGCUCAUUCUCAUCGUCCCUGGGGAACCUGCUCUUCUCAAAGGGGUCUUCCUCGCAUGCCCAUCACAACCCAACUACGAGCAACCUAUCCUCGGCUCUUGAGAUGCACUCGAAUAAUGUGCCCUUAUCGGCCGCAAAGGUCUCGACGACGAACGCCAAGGCUAUACCAAAGCCAUCGAGAGCUAGAACAAGCAGUAUUUAUUCCGCAUCGAGACAGCCGUCGGGCUCUUACCAGGAUUCCCAGCCGUACGGAUCUCCUGAGCAACAAACCGUUUUCCACGCCGGGCCUAGCCAGAGCGUGCCAAGAAGCCACCACUCCUCGUCCAUUGCAAACUUGAGAGGCUUCUUCAAGAAAUCGGGAUCCAAUUCCGGCGGCUCACCAAAUAACGCUGCGCAGAACGGAUCCCCUUCAACGACAACGGGGAACGUAGCGAUUCCGCAAAUGAGCUCAUCGUCGCAUGCCUCAGGACUGGCGAACCAUAGAACCAACAACAGUAUGUCUACCUCGUUCACCGGCGCAGGGUCUUACACGUCGUUACAAAACGGGGAAAGCUUGUACGGGUCCUCCCAAACUGAUACAAACUUGCCCUUUUCCAAGAGGUACGUCAAGACAGGAGAUGAUCUUGGUGCUGGUGCAGGAGGGUCCGUUAAACUGAUGAAAAGAAUCGCUGACAAAUCCAUAUUUGCCGUGAAGGAAUUCAGACCAAAGCUGGACUCCGAAUCAAAGAGGGAUUAUGUCAAAAAGAUCACAUCCGAGUACUGUAUCGGGACAAGUCUGCACUUCCCAAACAUCAUAGAGACAAUCGAGAUUGUUUACGAAAAUAACAGAAUCUUACAAGUCAUGGAGUACUGUGACUACGACCUGUUUGCCAUUGUAAUGAGUAACAAGAUGUCUUACGAGGAGAUAUGCUGCUGUUUCAAACAAAUCCUGAGUGCCGUGGAGUACUUACAUAGCAUCGGGUUGGCCCACAGGGAUCUGAAACUGGAUAAUUGUGUGAUAAACGAAAGGGGGAUAGUGAAACUGAUCGACUUUGGUGCCGCCGUCGUGUUCUCUUACCCAUUCUCCAAGAAUCUGGUGGAAGCCAGUGGGAUCGUGGGUAGCGACCCUUACCUGGCACCGGAAGUUUGUAUCUUUGCCAAAUACGACCCGCGCCCCGUGGAUGUCUGGUCUACCGCUAUCAUUUUCGCCUGCAUGAUUUUGAAGAAGUUCCCCUGGAAGAUUCCAAAGUUGAGGGACAACUCUUUCAAAUUGUUCUGCUCGGGAAGAAACUGCGACUCAUUGAGCACUCUGGUGACAAGAACACCCGAACCACCUUCGUAUGACAACUUGGAGUCGAGUAACCAUGCAUCGGGGAAGCAAUCGCAACAUUCGUCGCACAACAGUAUCGAUCCCAACAAUCCGAACAUUGGGCCGCAGCGGCUGCUGCACUCAUUACCGGAGGAGUCGCAGCACAUCAUCGGUAGAAUGAUCGAUUUGGCCCCCGCGUGUCGUUCCACCAUAGACGAGAUCAUGGACGAUCCGUGGAUCAAAAGUAUCGACAUGUGCCACGUUGUAGCCAACAAACUGAAACCAACGGUAGUCUCAGGACAAGAUCACACACAUACCCAAGUAGACCAAAGCGAGGCCCACAUUGCAGGUCUCGAGAAGAAGAAGAAACAACAACAGAACGCCGCAAGCACUACAAACAAGUAA